GGGAAUCCGGGAAGUCACUCCAUGUUUAAUAACACCACUUUCUUCUUUCAGUUCCGUCUGCGUCUGAAUAAAUCUGUAUUGCUUUACAAUCUUUAUUGGCUUAUAUUUACGAGUGCAAGUGAUGGCUGUAUUCAGUGACUGCUCUGUGGUUCUAGACCUAAAAAAUGCCCCAUAUAAAGAGAAAAAGAAGUUGAUGACUGCUGUUUUGGACAAUGGGGGAAAUAUAGCUUAUGUAGUGAACCAGAAGAGUUCGUUUGUGGUUGCGACCAGCCUGGAGACUAUAAGCAUCAGCAAGUGGAGGAACGCUCAGAGACACAAGAUUCCCGUGGUCAGUGUACAGUAUGUGUGGAGCUGCCUGGAGAAGGGAGUCCUUCUACCUGUUCAAGAGCAUGUCUUCAAGCCACCGAGCUCAGACCUCACACCAAAACCAGCUCCAUUCUCUGGGCUAAAGUUCAGAGAUCAGCCCCAAAACAGUGGCAUUUAUCAUGAAAAACCAGAGCUUGAGGUGAAGGAUGGCGCGUACCUGGGCCGGUUCAGAUUGUACAGGGAGAAUGAUCACGAUAUUCCAGAAUUUCCUCCCGAUUUCCAAAUUGCAAAAUACUCCAUUUUGGCCAAGGCUCAGCCCAAGACUUGGUCAGUUCUGGAGCUUCAGAGCACCAAAGGCCAAGCAGGACGGCAAUAUCGUGUUGUGAGCUCCAUCAUACAUGAGGCAGAGAAGAGUGCAGUGUGUGAUAAGCAGGUGCACAGCUGUAGCUCUGAGGAUGCUGUGGAGGCGUAUCUGAUGCUGAGCAACGAGCUGCAGCUCCAAGGCUUUACUCAGACACAAUCACUUCCCCCAUGGGCUGAAAAGCUGACCUCUCACAGUCUUCAGCAGCUUCUGCUGGAGGAGAAGCUGAACUGCAGUACAGUCUUACAGGAAGUGGGGGUCUUUCUGGAACUCAUCUGGACAGAAGCUCUCGGUUCACUUAGCGGUAUCCUGACCGUCCCAGUGACCAGCAUCAGUCUCAAUGAUGUGAGCAGAGUGGAAGGAUUACUGCUGCAGGUUCAGAAGACUCAGAAUGAGGAUGAAGUCAAGGAUCUGCUGAAGGAAGUCAACACUCUGCUACCCGUCAGCAUGAAGGAGCCGGAAUCAGUACCCAAGCUGGUGUCCCAGAAACUCGAUCUCUGUCAGCUGAUCAGAGAUAUUCUGAACGUGACGGAGGUGACUUUGGGAAACCCCUUUCCGUCCUCUUUGGGGAAAUAUCGUGCUCUGAGGUGCAGUAUUGAGCAGGUGCCAUUUGAAAGCCCAGAGUUUCUGUCUGUCUCCCAUCUUCUGCAGGAUAGGCCGGCUCAGAUCCAGAAGAUACUGCGUGUCAGUAGAGGAACAGAGCUUCUUAUGUUUAGGAAUGAACUCGACAACAUUAAGCCUCUCCUCCAUUCCACUGCUUCCAGCAGCCUGGUGGGAAUCCUGUCUCGGGGUCUAUUACUGCCCAGGGUUGGAGUAGAGCAGCAUGGGGUUGAAAGAACAGACAUUGGGAAUCUGGGAAGUGGCAUCUACUUCAGUGACUCGCUAAACACAUCAAUCAAGUAUUCAAAACCCAGUGUUAAUGAUGGUUGUCGGCUGCUGCUGGUGUGUGAUGUGGCUCUGGGACAGUGUAAAGACCUGGACAAAAGGGAUUUCACUUUGACCUCUGCCCCUGAGGGUUACAACAGCGUGCAUGGAGUUCGCCGUACAGAAAAAACACACUCUGAUUUUGAGGAUGAUGAAUAUGUGGUGUAUAACACAGACCAGAUCAGGCUGAAAUAUGUAGUUCAAUAUUUUCUACCUGACGAUGAAGUGAAGGACUUUCAGCCUCAUGUUAACACGACAUUAGCACCUCCACAUUUUUCUUCAUCUUCCCUCCUCUUGCCCAGUGAUGAUGGUGAGGGUUUGGGCGAGACUAAGAACCCUCUGGAGGAGGUCACAGCUGGUUUAUUGGACAGUAAUGGUCAGACGCUCCCCCUGAAGGCUGUACAUGUGAGAUGUAAGCUAUUGGACCUUAUCUCUCAGGUUGUCAUUUUCCAGACCUACACAAAUACCAGCAGUGUUCCUAUCGAAGCAAAGUAUGUCUUCCCUCUAGAAGAGACAGCAGCAGUGUGCGGUUUUGAAGCCUUUAUUAAUGGAAAGCAUGUGAUUGGAAAGGUAAAGGAGAAGGAGCAGGCACGUAAAGAAUACAAGCAGGCCAUAGAGAAAGGUCAUGGAGCCUACCUGAUGGACCAGGAUGCACCAGACGUGUUCACCAUCAGUGUGGGAAACCUGCCACCUGGAGCGACAGUGCUGAUCAAAGUAACGUUCAUCACAGAACUAGUUGUGAGAGCAGGCACCAUCGUCUUCGCCCUGCCAGGCAGUGUGGCUCCAUGGGAGCAAAGUUCAGCACUGAACCAGAGAACCCAGACGACUGUUGAGAAGGUCUGCGUGAAUGAGCUUCAACCAGAGGGAGAAUUCUCUUUGUGCAUGUCUAUUGAGAUGCCUAUAGAGAUCACUAAGCUGGAGUGCUCUCAUCAAAUCAAAAUCAAGAGAACAGAUUGUAUGGCUGUAGUGAGCACAUUACCAGAUCAGACUCUCAGCACUGAUGGCUUCCGGCUCAGCGUAACUCUGUUGCAGAUGCAUAUGCCCAGAAUGUGGGUGGAGAAACAUCCAGAAAAGGACACUGAGGCCUGCAUGUUGGUGUUUUAUCCAUACUUUUAUUCCAGUGGUGUUUCGGAUGUGAGUGAUGUGAUCAUAGUGCUGGAUACAUCAGAGUCCAUGAGAGGAGAUGCGAUGGUGAACGCACGCAGGGUUGCUCUGAAGGUGCUCAAUUCACUGGAUCGCUCACUAAGAGUCAACAUCAUCUCCUUUGGCUCUGAUUACAAAGAGGCCUUUCCUUCAUCAAGUGUGCUGGAGGACGUCUUUGAAGAAGCCAAGAAAUUCAUUAUGACCUCAGCUGCGGUUGGUGGAAGCACUGAGCUAUGGAGACCUCUGCGCACCCUGAGCCUGCUGCCUCCCUCACACAAAAUCAGAAAUGUGUUACUUAUCUCUGAUGGACAUGUGCAGAACCAACCUGAAACCCUGCAGCUGGUGCGAGAUAACGUCAAGCACACACGCCUCUUCACCUGCGGCCUCAGCUUGACAGCUAACCGUUACAUUCUGAGAGCUCUGGCUCAGGCAGGUGGAGGAACUUAUGAGUUUUUUGACACAAAGACAAAACACACCUGGGCUGAGAAGGUGAAUUCUCAGGUUCGGUGCAUGGUAUCACCAGGCUGUAGUUCUGUGACUGUGAAGUGGCAGAGGUUUAACUCCACAGCGCCCCCUCCUGUUCAGGCUCCAUCACAGCUCCAAGCUCUCUUCAGUGACUGUCACACUCUGGUCUAUGGCUUCGUCCCGCACUGCACCCAGGCCACACUGUUUGGUAAACUGAGGGGAAAGAAAAAAAUUGAGAACAUGGUUUCAACUACAGAAUUACAGAAGACUAAAGGAACAUUCCUUCACAAGCUAACAGCAAGAGCAAUCAUCAGAGACUAUGAGGAUGGCAGCCUUGGCUUUAGUGAGGCAGAACAUGAGGGGAAGAAAGCAGAGCUGAAAUCCUAUAUCAUCGAGCUCAGUAAAGAGUUCUCCAUCCUGUCCCAGUUCACCAGCUUUGUUGCUAUUGAAGAGAGAGACGAGGAACAACCCGACUCCGGUUUUACUGACAUCACUAAAAUAAUUGCAGAAGAAGAUGUGGAUGUUCUUUCUUAUAUGGGCUGGAGCUCUUUCGAACAAGAACAGUGGAAUCGGGAGUCAGAUGAGGAAGUUGCAGCCUCAUCACAGGGGAGUCAGGAGUCAGAUGAGGAAGAUGAAGAAAGUUCAAAGGGGAGUCAGGAGUCAGAUGAGGAGGAUGAAGAACGUUCAAAGUCAUGUCAGGAGUCAGUAGAUGAUAAUGAGUAUUACCAGGGGAGUCAGGAGUCAGAUGAGGAGGAUGAAGAGUGUUCAAAGGAAUAUGAUGAUGUUCAAUUCUAUGACUUUUUGAAACUUUCUGAAAUUUCUGUUAGUUCUUCAUUACACAUGACGGAGGAACAGAGUGAAAUAAGUGAGGGCUGCGCUUUUGUCAGACCACUCAAAUCUUUUGGAAGACGCAUGCCUGCAUUUGAAUGUGGUUCAUCUCCUGAUACUGUUUGUCCUUCCACUAAUGACAUUAUCCCAGAUUCUUCACCUGCUGAUAUCGAUAUUGAAGUUCCUCGUCAUCAUUGUUUUCAGCAAAAAUCUAAGAAAGCAUAUGAACCAAAAAUGUGCUCUCUUGCAUCAAUGGACGUACUUCCUCCUCGUAGUAAUGAUAGUCUGGCUUCUAAUACUUUUAUGCUUUCCAGAGCCAUUCCUUGUAGUGGUUAUCUCAGAGUCCCUCCCACUUCUAUUGAUAGAAGUGGGAGGGACUCUGAGAUAACCGCUUCUAUUGAUAGUCUCAGAACAACUCUUCCUAGUCCUUCUCCCGGAAGUACUGCUCUUGCUCCUGCUGCUCAUCUCGACCCCCCUUAUGUAACCCCUGUUUUUGGUUUUGGAUCUUCUGGAUCUUCUGUCCCCCCUUGUGGAUUCGGAGCCUCAAGUUAUUCUGCUCGUUCUUCUAGCUCUGAUUUCAGAGCCACUAAUGCUCCUGCAAUUGUUCGUUAUCAUUGUUCUCAAAUAGGUUCUUCUGUAUCCAUGGACACUUCUCUUCCACGUUUUGGCAUGGGAUUGCCUUCUAUAAUUUCCCAUGUUGAACAGUCUGCUCCUCCCCAUGCAACUGUUGACUUUGGAUUCCCUCCUCCAACUUCUACUGUUGGAAUGAGAGGCCCUGCUCCUCCACCUCCAGCUCCUGCCUUUGGAUUUACUCCUCCAGCUUCUACUGUUCAAUAUGGAGACCCUGCUUCGCCUCCUCCAGCUGGUGCCUUUGGAUUCCUUCCUUCAACUUCUACUGUUCAACAGGGAGCCCCUGCUCCUCGUCCUCCACGUGUUUGCUUUGGAUCAGCUCCUUCUGUUUAUUCUCAUCCUCCUGCUUUUUUGGAAGACCCUGCUCCUGCUUUUGAUUCUGAUGCUUUUGCUAGUAUGCCUUUGAGACUCCAUCAGAAAUCAUUUUCUGGCUUUAACAUUCAGCAAUCUGCAACAAUUCCACAAUCCAAAAUUAUGAGGCUAUCUGCAAAAAAGAUAUGCAGAAUUCCAAGAGAAGGCUUUGACCAAAUGCUGAAAGACAGCAUAAGUGAACAAUCCAGUCAACCUGAAAGGAUCAACUGGGAGGAUCUGUUUAAUCUUCAACACCAGGAUGGGUAUUGGGAAUGUACUGGGACUCUAAGUAGAUUCCUAGGCCUGGAUGUAGACUUCUUUGCUAAUGUCUUCCUGAAAGAAAAAGGCAUCUGCUCUUUGGGCGCAAAGGCUCAAGCCGACAUCUUGAAGCUGGUAGCUACGCUGCUGGUGCUACAGUUGAUGCGAGUGAUGAAGAUGGCAGACGGGAAACUGUUCCAGACUCUCUUCCGCCUCGCUGACCACCCAGAGCCCAGGCCAGCCUGCUGGGAGGCGGUGAAGAGGGCAGUGGAGUGGGUGUGCUGGGCAGACAGACAGUACCCAUGUGUAUGCAGCAGACUGGAGCUUGGCUUGGAUUGGGAGUCCUGCACACGCCAACUGCUGAAAGUGGAUUCACUGCCGCCCUUCUCAACUCUGAUCCCAUUGCUCCAGAGAAGCACCCCAGUUAUGUAGAAUCCACACUUCCACUAAUUUUCUCGUUUUUUCUUUUUCUUGACAUUAUUUUAAUUAUGUUACAUUUCUUAUUAAACGAAAUACUGUUAGUGCAUGGAUUGAUCAUUUUGGAGAGUAUUGUACUUUUAAAUUAACAAUGCGUUAUAAAUCGUUUUUAAGUAAUCAUAUUAGUGGUAAAUAAAAUUCAACUUAUUUCUGUGUGGGAACGACGUUUUGUUUUUGAUCUUCUGGUUCUUCAUCAUCUGUUAAUUUUGUUUCUUUUUUGUGUUUCUUAUUACUAGUUAUUGAACUGAUGUAUCCUGAGCAUUGAGGUUGGAUAUUGAUUGAUAUGAGUUUGGAAUUUUAGCAAGUAUUUUACCUGGUUCUGAAUCUGCAUUUAAAUUGGUUGUGACAAAGUUUUAUGGAAACAGUUUUUCUCCUCUGUGAUUCUCUCCAUUCCACACAUUUGGAUCAUCUGUUAUGCUAUAACAAUACAUACAUACAUACAUACAUACAUGUUAAUUGUAAAAUUAUAGCUGAAAUGAUGCACUUUAAAAUGUCAUCAAUGUAAUGUAAUACAGAGCAAAUAGUAAACUUGUCUAUUUUCUGCCUUGUCUUGCAUAUGAAACUGUUAUUAAGAUUUAUAUUGUGGAUGUAUGUACCUGUCAGCCAGGACAAUGACGACCUCACAGCCUUAAAGGUGAGCUCAUUGUCCUUGGCUGCUUCCAAGUCGUAAAGAACACGCACUUUUGGUGUUUCUUUAAUUAUACUGGUAUUAAAAGGUCAGCUGCCAAACAAAGUGGUGGGGUUUCUGCUUGUUGCUUCUGCUCCUGCAAGGAUAGCUCACUGAGUGCACAGAACCAGAAAAAAGGGACUGUAGCAUUUUAUUUUUUUCAUUUGUAAUAUCAAGAAUAUUAGAAUGCAUAACAGUACUGUGUAACUUUAACAAAAUGUUGUAUGUAUCGGUAAAAUAUGUGAGUAUAUGUCUUUUUAUUUAAAGUACAUAUUUAUUUUGAUAAUCAGGUAAAACAAAUAUAAUAUAUAAACUAUAUACUCAGAAAAAAGAAACAAAAAAAAAAGAAAACACUAUUAAGAGAGUUUCAAGGCUCUGGAAAAACAUGCCACACAAUGCACAAGCCAACUUUAUCCUAUAUGAAAUAUUUGCAUGUGUACCAGUGGGGAAAAAAAUGUGUGAACCUUUGGCAACAUGUGAAGGUGGAUUUCAUAAUGCCUUGAAAUUCCAUGUAAGCUGAAGUAAACAUGAUAAUGUGAAAA